GUUCGUCAGGCUCUGCGUCAGCAACAGGAGGAAGGAGGAAACUGUCAGCAGCACUCAGGCAGCGACCGCAGCGCCACGGCUGAACUGCUGCGUAUCAAAGACCAUCUCAUAGACGUAGAAAAGAAUAAUGCUUCCCUCCACACGGAGAGCAGUUUAUUGAAAGAGCAGCUCAGACAGCUGGAGAGCCAAAACACGUCUCUGAACAACCAGAUGGCGGCGCUGCAGCGGCACACGAGCACGCUGCAGGAGCAGAAUUCAACUUUGCACACACAGACGGCCAAGCUGCAGGUGGAGAACUCCACCAUCUCCUCCCAGAGCGCCUCUCUCAUGGCCCAGAACGCAGUGCUGCAGGGCCAGGUCACCGCCCUGGAGACGGAGGCGGAGUCGUGGCAGCGGCAGCGCGACGAGGCGUGGCGAGCCCGGGAGAGCACGCUCAGCGACCACGAGCGCCUGCUGAGCGUGCACGAGAGGCAAGCUCAGGAGUACGAGCAGCUCAUCAGUCAGCACGCGGCGCUGAAAGGCAAACAGAGGGCGCUGGAGAGCGARCACAGAGCGCUGCACGGCAAGUACUGCACGUUGCUGCAGCUAAAGGAGAAGUGGGAGGAGCAUGAGGGGCGUGGCCAGAAAGAAAAGGAGGAGCUAAGUCAGGAGAUCCAGAAGAACAGACUCUUACAGCAGGAGAAUCUGCAGCUAAAAACAGAAGUGGACAGGCUGACCCAGAGCCAGUCCCARCACUCAGAGCAGAACGAGGGGCUCCAUCAGCGCAUAAACGAACUGAAAAGCUCGUUAAGUUCAACUMAGCUGGACGUGAGUCAGUGGGUGGCCCGCUAUGAUUCUCUAAUGGAGCAGCACCAGAACCUGGACCUCACCAUGACCAAACUGGACAACCACUGCGAGCUUCUGAGUCGACUAAAAGGGAACCUGGAGGAGGAGAACCACCAUCUGCUGAGUCAGAUCAACCUGCUGAGUCAACAGAACCACACUCUGCUGGAGAGGAGCAUGGAGAGCAAGGAGCUGUACCACCAGGAGCAGAAAUUAUACAUUGAUAAACUGAAUUCUCUUCGUCGACAAAAAGAAAAACUCGAGGAGAAAAUCAUGGACCAGUACAAGUUCUACGACCCUGCACCCAAAAAGAGGAGUCAGUGGUCCGGAGCCAAAGCUUUGGUCAAGCUGAUAAAACCCCGGAAGGAGAGCAGCCGGGAGCGAGGAGGCGACCGAGACAAGGAGGCCGACAAAGUCCGAGAGAGAGCGAAGAGCGCUCCGGACAUCCCCCUGCCCGCCACGCCCCCCCUGCUGCCGCCAGAGACGCCGCCGCCCGUUCCCAAACGCACAGGAAUUGACUCCCACAGCAACAACAGCACCAGCCCCAGCCUGGGACCACAGAGUCCAGCUCUGACCCCGAUCAGCAGAGGAUUGACUGACAGGAGCCGGGGCGUUUACCACAGUGGCACUCCAGGAGGCAGCAACGAAAGCAUCAACGGAGAAGAUGGACAAGCUCUGAUUCAAAGGAACCGCCUUAGCUCCACCCCGAACCACCAGUCAUCCUYGCAGGUUCAAACAAGCAGCUCCAGACUGGGUCAGAAUCGCAGACCCAGAGCUCCGUUCGAUGAAGACUCUCGUCACGCCUCCUACGACCCUGUUUUUGGAGGUCGGCCCGGCUCUGCAGACUACAGCCACAACACCUCGAGCUCCAACUCACCUGUCGCCUGCAGAGAUUCGUCAGCUCGUCAGCCUCGAUCAGCCAGCCUCUCCAGUGACGACGUUACAGGUCUCAACCAAUCACAGCAGAGCCUGUCGCGUAGCUCCACCCUUCCCUACGACCACGCCCCCCAGAGAGCCCAGCCCCAGCGAGGAGGCGGAGUCAGGGCUAAAACGAGACCAUCUUCUCCUGGAAGUGAGAUGGUGACGUUGGAGCAGUUUCUACAGGAGAGCAACCUGCAGUCGCCUCCUGUGCUCUCUACAGGAAGCACCGAUGACUUGAUGACUGACUAUUUCACACGAAGCCCCGCCCCCUCAGCUCCAGCUGGUAGAGAUCAGAUCACCCCAACCAGCUACGUCACGCCCACUGUCCACUCGACCAAUCAGAGGCCGGGUCAAAGCGUGAAGCCCUCCCCCCGCCAGCCCGUUGGCCAAUCGCCCGCCUCCAGCCAGCCUGUCACUCAGAGAACCGGCCAAUCCCUGAGCCGGGCCUUUAGCCUGGCUUCUGCUGAUCUGCUGCGCUCCAACGGACCCGACAGUUACCGUGGAAACGAGGGGUCUCCCUCUCAAACGGACGGGGUGACUCGGCGACAAGUGGGAGGGGCUAACACCCGCGAGCGACCACUGUCUGCUCGAUUUGGAGCAUCGGAGGGCAACUUCCUGAGUUCACCCAUCCACCAGUCGACGUCCAUGAACCUGCAGACCGAGAGACACGCAGAGAGGCUGAGGACCGCCGCCUCCCGGAACGGGCACCGCGGGGAGGUCGCCAUGGUGACCCCCGUCAGGGCCACGCCCCCCGAGGAACCCUCACAGCAUAGAGAUGUCCCCAGAGAGGGUCGGUCAGGAGACCCCUCCCACUCUAAUAAAGACAGAGACAGAAUCCCGGGCGGAUCCCCAGAGAGACCCAAGAGCACGCCGGCUUCACCCGACCCCAACAACGACCCGCAGACGGUGUGGUACGAGUACGGCUGCGUCUAAACGCUGAGGGCUGCGUCUAAAGACUGGAGCAAAGACAAAGGAAAAGACAAUGGGUUGUUCCCACGCCUGGGCUUGGUCUAAACCCUGGAGAGUACAUAGUUUCUAUAACACCGGGGGUUAAUCUGUAGCCUGGGCUUGGUCUAAAUCCUGGAGAGGAUCUGUUUCUGUAAAAUCUGACCCGACCCAACACGACACACCUCUCACCUCAACACUACAGGCUCUCUGCAGGUCUACGUUCUGAUCCAGCAGAACCACAGAAGAAUCUUUAAGACUUGUUUUAACUUCAGUUAUAAAUUAAACUUUUAUUAGAUUUUAAUCCAGAGCUCAGUCAGUGGCUCGAAGGUUAAACGUGAGGAACUUCAAAGAAAACAUGCACGUUUUUGUGCACAAGAACACUAAAACCGGGCCCGUCUACGAUCUGGAACCUCAGUGUUUUAAAUGCAGUUCUGCGUGCAGACUGAAGGUAUCACAUUUCUAUUAUUUUAGUCGGGAACAAACACUGGAAAACCCGCCAGGAGGAGAAAAACAGGAGCGCCUGGAGGAGGUGGUGAGUGGACGGAGGAGGAGGGAGGAGGAGCACCUCCCUGCUAAAUUACAGCUCUUCUCUCUCCAUCUUUAGCCUCUGUCCCAGCAUGCAACACUCUGACACUUUAUGGGAAAUACUGCUCGAGACGAGCCAACACUAGUCUCACAAAUACACACAAACACACAGUGACACACACACUGGCCUCGUCCCUGAGGGAGGUUUUGGUGGCAGCAUCACUAACUUAAUGAGGGAAACCAUGUUGUUUGGGCUGCAGCUCAUCCAGGACCGAGAGGAGAGGCUGAAACCCUCGAGCUGUUUCUGACGCAGACACGUUUCAGUUCAACACUUUCAGAGUUAGAAGAACUGUCCAGGAUAAUUCGAACGAGACAAAAUUUUAAACGGUGCUCCAAUUUUUUAAUUCCACCAAAGAAACAAAACAAAAAAACUCCAGCUUACCGGACCUGCAAAACUGUGACGACUGUACGCUGAAGCUUUAGUUUGAUCAGCUGUUCUGCUUUAAAAAUAUUUUAUUUACAGAACAAUAAUGACAAACAGGAGGUUUGAAAACAGCUGAUUUUGAAACAGAAUUAAAAACAAAGCAAUGAAGACUGGUAAAAAUAAAUAAAAUUAAAACUACAGCAUGUUUGUUUACCUAUAAACCAGCUGAUGAACAAUGGCAACACAUUGAAAGAAAUCCAACAGUUUUAAUGUAUUUGUACAAAUUUACACUCAGAUUUUGAGUGAAAUAUGCAGAUUAAAUUGCUUUGUUUACACUGAGUGUGUACCUGCAUUUCAGAAAUGCAUAUAAAAUAUAACACCAUUAACCGAACGUGUUGAUUAAAAAAACAAAAAUCAGAUUUUUUUUUUUGAACCUUUGCUCCGUCAUCUCAGUCUGAUCUGACAGCAGCUCAACUUCACUWAAAGAGAAGAGAAGCUGAUGAAUUAUGCAGCAGCUGCGUCGGGUUUCAUCGUUCAGCGGUUCAGGUCCGGUUCAGGUCCAGUUCAGGUUCGAAGCUUCACGACCACAAGAACCUGAGGGGGGAAAAAAAUAUCUGAUCCGAAACAGAAGCUUCUGACAUUCAGAGUCCAAACAUUUCAAUUAUCUGAUCAUUUCAGUCUGAAAACCCUCUGGUCAGAAAGAGGAGAGGUUUUCUCACUGGAAACAACCAAAACAGGUUCUGCAGAAGAGUUAUUAUUAAAACAACGUAAACGUUUGUUUGUUUAUUUAAAUGGGAGAAAAACAAACAUGAUGAUGAUGAUGAUGCAACACUGGAGGGCUGAAGACGGUCGACUAUUUCUGCACAUUUUGAACAAAAAUCCCGUUGAUAUGCAACAAGUAAAUUAUUUUCCUGUAACUUUUGUACAUUUUUAGAUUUUUUUAAAUAACUUUUUGAAUGUUAGAACUUUUUUAUAUUUGUUAAACUCAAAAUGUUGAUUUCAAAAAACUCCGACAUGAAUUCCUGUCAGAGCUCUGGCUUCAGKCGUGUUUUUAAUGUUUUGUUUUGUUUGAAGGCUUUAAUUGUGAAGUUUUGUAGAUGAUUCUGCAGUUUGGAGUGAAAGAAAUCAGAACAUUUCUCCGCUCGUCGUGUGUUUCCUGCUCCUCGGCUCGCCGCCGUCUCCUGAACGUUUUCUGUCUGAGUGACAGAGGCGAACGUCACUCAGAUUUCUGCUGUAACUGAAACUUCUGCUGCUGUGAUGUGAAAACUGCUGAAAAACUGAUGAAAUUAUUGCGCUCGUUCUGCAGAAAAUUUAAAUAAUAAAGAUUUAUAAACCUAAA